CAGCACAAGAUCAACAAGGAGAAGUAGUAGUAAUGUAGGAAGGGCGUGACCUGCCAUACACCCCAGAACAGUAGGUGGUGGUAUUUGCAUCUUAAACUUGGAUGCGAUCUGACACCCAACCAGAAGAAGAACAAAAGCAAAAUAAUUAAGAAGUCUCAAUGCAUCCUGUAUGUGGCCAUUCUGCUUUGCUAGCCUAGGUUUCUUGGGUACGCAUGCAUGACAACAAAGAUUGGAGAACAUUUCCCAGGGCUCUCAAGUUGUAUCAAAAGUUUGGCAUGGCAGCGCCUUUCAAAAUCCCGAAGAAAAAGCAGUCUGAAGGGGAUAAUAUGCAGAUGCUCUCGCCCCUCUCACGAAUCCAGGAUGCCAACAGCCAUUUCAAGACAUCAAACUGGAGCAGUUACAAUGGAGUACAACAUGACAAGUCUCACCCUGUAAAUGGGCACAGCUCCAGGCCAGAUAACAGAAGCACGCCUAACAAACCUACAUUCAGGGAAGUCGUCAGAGCGCGACUGGAGUUACGCCAUCCAAUGAGAUCCAACUCCAGUCAGCCAACAGCCUAUGUGAAGUCAGGGCAGACAAGACGGGAUCAAGGAAGUCACAGGGGAGACACCUCAGAGCACAGCAAAUUGAAAACACAGCAACUACAGAAAACGUUACGUAAAUCUCCCCUUUGUCAGCCUGUUGUCAGUGAUGCACCUUACACUGGGGACAGGUCCUCCAGAACAUCGCCUGGUUUCACCAACACGUGGCGCCCUAAGAGAGCAUCAGACAGGUUGUGUCGUGAUGAGAACCAGGAAACUGGCUGUGUGUCACCACAGAGGAAGACUCAUCGAACUGGGCUGAAUGAUUCAUCGACGUCGCUGCAGCCUAGCCAUGUGGAAACGGACUCUGAGGACUCUGGUCCAGAACUGCCAGCAGAGACGACCUGUUCCUCCAGGACCAGUGCCCUGCCUGGGGAUACAUCCCUGGGCGAGGCGGCCUGGAGGAAACAGAACUUGAGAACAAACGGUACCUUGUCUCCAAGCACUGAGGAGGAUAAAACGACUUGCAAACCCACAACUCCUGACUUGGGGCGGAACGGUAACAGGACCCAUACCCGGUUUGGAACGCUGACCUCCGGAACCUUCCGUACCCCCGCCUCGACCUCUCCUCGCUCAGGACGGAGCUCGGACGAGGACGCGGUCUCCCCCGCUCGGCUCACCUCUCCGUGUGACAGAGGCGCUGCCAGAACCCCCCUCUUCCGUGAAGGACCCUCAGCCACCAAGAGAUCGUCACCCCAGAAGACUCUCCCCUGCAAGCCUGGAGACUGGCGGGCCAGGAGGGAGAGGGCCCAGGGGGCUGAACCAAAGCACCUCUCCCUCCAUCUAAGACUCAAGGGACCCAAGCAUACGUCGACAGAGCCAAUUGUUCUCUCCAGUGACGAGGAGGCAGAGAUGUGUGAGCGACCGCUCCGGGGCCCCAGCCCCCCACAGAGGGGCCCCAGCCCCCCACAGAGGGGCCCCAGCCCCCCGUCCGACCCCCCGGCCCCGGGGGAACACACUCAGACUGGAGAGAAGGCCUCUGGCUCCAGCCAGAGAGACGAGCGACCAGGCACCCCACAGCCGCCCCCACCCAUCCUGGAGCUGCCCUUCGUCACCCUGCACGCCGGCGGGGUGAGGGCUGAGGCCAAUGGCAACAUUACGAUCACAGAUGACGGCAUCACCCUGCCUCUGAAAGACCCAGGGAGUGGGCGGGAGGGCGAGGGCAUCUCAGUGAGCCUGGUGGCCUCCCAGCUGCGGGGCUACGGGCCGUGGGAGGGCGCCCUGGCGCAGUCAGGCUCCUUGCUGCGCGGCUGGGAGGGGCCGGCCCCCUCGCUGCUCUUCCUCUGGGUGUCGCACGCCCAGGCAGCCCUGAUCCAGACGGAACUGUCGACCAUCCACCCGGUCUCCACCUCAGGCCAGCCGUGUCCCUUCCUGCUCCUGGUGCUCCAGGAUCAGCUAGGUGAGCUCCAGGCUGCCCUCCUGGCCUCCAUGCUGGCGGAGGAGGCCUUCAGCCUAGGCAGCAGCCAGGACCUGCGCUCCCCGCUGUCCUGGGCCGAGGGCCUGGCCCUCAUCCACAGCUACCCCCAGGAGGAGCAGCUGCUGACCCUGCUGGGCCAGGCUGCACCCUCACACCUGGAGGACAGGGCUGCAUCCACGACACCGCAGGAUGGUUUGGGACGGUUGAGAAGCAACCACAGAAGCAGAGAGCCCUACAGCAGAACCACCUCCAGACUGCAGGGGCUUCCCAGCAGGUUGAUCCAGUACCCAUCGGCACCCUCUAAAGGGAGGAUCACCGUGACGACAGAGGACUUGGAGUGCCUGGACAGCGGCCAGUUCCUGAAUGACGUCAUCAUCGACUUCUACCUCAAGUAUCUUCUGCUGGAGCGGGCGGGGGACGAGCUGGCGGAGCGAUGUCACGUCUUCAGCAGCUUCUUCUACAAGCAGCUGACGCGCUGCGACACCGCCAGCGAGGAGGCUGCUGCCGUCCCGCCUCGGAACCGAAGGCACCAGCGUGUGAAGACUUGGACUCGCAGUGUAGACAUCUUCAACAAAGACUACCUGUUUGUUCCAGUCAACCACGAAGCUCACUGGUACUUGGUCAUCAUCUGUUUCCCUGGCCUGGAGUACGCCAGUUACAUGGUGUGGCCACGCCCAGCUCCAGCAGGGGGGAGCAGCAGCCUAAGGGGAAGACUGAAGGCCUCGGAGGAGGGGUCCCCUGGAGGCUCCACCCAGCCCAGCUCCACACCAGAGAGGGGAGCAGGUUGUAUAAGGCAGAGCCCCAGCACUCACGGGUCACAUAAUCCACCGGAGUGCACCCAAGAUGGUUGUCAAAGAGAGACGAUCUGUAAGAGAGCCUGUAUUCUGGUCAUGGAUUCCCUGAAGCCGUCUAACCACGAGCGCAUCUUCAAGCUGCUGCGAGAGUACCUGCAGGUGGAGUGGGAGGUCCGUAGGCGCACCCCCCGAGACUUCACGACAGACAACAUGAAGAGCUCCCACUGCCGGGUCCCCCUGCAGGACAACAGCAGCGACUGCGGCCUCUACCUGCUGCAGUAUGUGGAGAGCUUUCUGCAGAACCCUGUGGUGCACUUUGACCUCCCUGUCCGCCUGGAACACUGGUUUCCACGACAACGGGUGUGGCGAAAGAGGGAGGAGAUCCGGAGAUUAGUCAUGCAGCUGCAUGGUUGUCAAGGCGACCACAAGGCCGGAAACGGGUGACCGAGGGAGACUAGAAGAGGACCAGUCGUUUUCCAGAUGUUAUCGUUUGCUGUGGGCAUUACUGCGCGAACACUGUGAAGGCCUUUUAUAAAGAGACACUAAAUCUAAAUUCCAUCUACAUUCCUUAGAUAUCGAUGGUAUGUAGAAUAAUUUAUUUUAAAAACAAUUGCACAUAAUUUAAUGUUCACUCAGGUUUGACGAAGAGAAUGGAAACAUUGGAUGUUGGCUUGAAUAAAAUAUUUUUCCUAAGA